AUGUUUAAAAGUUGUUGUGCUCGACCGACUAAGAAAUUGAGCAAGAGCAAAUCAAAACCAGAAAACAUGUCUUCUUUGUCUGAAUCGAAUGUGCAAGAUAAGCAAAAUGUGAACGAAAAUAGUGAAAAUGACAUCAAUAGAAAGAGCGACAGUGCAACGAACACAGAAAAUGACAAUAGAAAGAGCGACAGUGCAACGAACACAGAAAAUGACGACAAUAGAAAGAGCGAUAGCUCGACGAACACAGAACCCGAGUCAAGGGAACAUGUUGACGAUAAAGAGAUUACAAUUAAAGUUCCUUCGUACACCGUUGCUAAUGUUGACGGAACUAAUGUUUUUGAGGAAUCAGUUAGUUGUGAUACAGAUGUCGAUGAUGUUGACCAUAAUAUGGUACUUAAAAGAAAUAUAAUGAAAAAACGAUAUUCCGUUGAUUACAAAACGUCUCGAAUGGAUUUUAAACGGUUUUCAAUAGACUGUAGUCGCAAUGUUGCUACACUGGAAGAACUGGUUAAUCUUGAAAAGGAACUAGCUCGAACAAACGUUGACGUACGUCCAACAGGUAGACGGAAAUCUACCGGCAUCUUGAAAUUUACUCCGAGCAGUAACAACGAUAUACCUGAACAGCGUCCGACGAAUGUGCAGGAGUUGUGUUCAGACGACGAUGAGGUGUUUGAAAAAAAUAUAGAAAACCUUGGUGAGAAUGAGGGGCCGCGAGAGCCCCCGGCUACGCCUGUGGGUCGUGACGAACUGGCUUUAAGGAGGCACAGGUUCUUUUCAGACCUUGUUUGCGCUGCUCGAGCAGCUGUAGAGCAUCGCGUUCGAUUUGAUCCUCUUGGGCCUGUUGUUGCAGAUCCCGGCAGUGAAAACGAGCAGUUAGCGGCAUCUAAUAACCCGGCCGCGGAGUUCGAAGCUUUGAUCGAGCGUCUGGAGCGAGUGACAGCGCGUCUGGAGCGUCUACCGGUGCUCCACACGCGAACGCCGACGCCUCCCAAUUCGCCAGCAACUGCACAAAAUACUCAAAUUCAGAUUUCUAUAAUAGACAGUAUGAGUGUAAACGGAUACCAGGAUCUGAUACAGGGUCCCCUGCGGACGUACCUCGAGCUGUCUCAGCAGAUCGGCGGAGAUGUCGCUACGCAUGCCAAACUUGUCAACGAGGCUUUCCAGGCACAGCUUCGCUACAUACAAUUGGCGGCAUCUAGGGGCAAGCCGUCGCAAGCCGAAGAAAUGCAACUGUUAUCUCCGACUAGUGACAAAAUUUCUGCCAUACAACAGUUUCGAGAGAAAAAUCGAGUUUCUUCCUUCUUCAACCACCUAUCGGCGAUUUCUGAAAGUAUUCCUGCUCUUGGUUGGGUGGCGAUAUCACCUACUCCCGCACCCUACGUGAAAGAAAUGAACGACGCAGGGCAAUUCUACACUAACCGUGUUCUAAAGGAGUGGAAAGAGAAGGACAAGAGACAUGUGGAAUGGUGCCGCGCUUGGGUACAACUCCUGUCUGAUCUCCAAGCCUACGUUAAGCAGCAUCACACGACUGGCCUUGUGUGGUCUGGGUCAGGCGCGGGCGCUGGCGCUCCGCCGCCGCCGCCGGCCGGCGGGCUGCCGCCGCCACCGCCCAUGCUUCCGGAGGCUGACUUCGCCAACAUGUCCAUUGACGACCGCAGCGCCCUCUUUGCGGAGAUCAACCAGGGCGAAGGCAUCACUAGCCACUUGCGCAGGGUGACGGCGGACAUGCAGACGCACAAGAACCCGACGCUGCGGCAGGGCCCGGCGCCGUUCAAGGCGGCGCACCAGGCGCCCGCCGCGGCCGCCGCGCCCGCCAAGCCGCUGCCGCAGCCCGGCGCCGGCAAGCUCGACAAGCCGCCCGUCUUCACGCGCGACGGCAAGAAGUGGCUCAUCGAGUACCAAAAGGGCAACUCGAACUUGGUGGUUGAGAAUGCGGAUAUGAACAACGUGGUGUACAUGUACCGGUGCCGCGACUCGGCGCUCACGGUCCGCGGCAAGAUCAACGGCGUGGUACUGGACUCGUGCACCAAGUGCGCCGUCGUCUUCGAUCAUCUCGUCGCCAGCGUCGAGUUCGUCAACUGUCAGUCCGUGCAGAUGCAGGUUUUGGGCAAGGUACCUACCAUCUCGAUAGACAAGACGGACGGCUGCCAGAUUUACUUGUCGCCGGAGUCGCUCGACGUCGAGAUCGUCAGCUCCAAGUCCUCCGAGAUGAAUGUGCUCGUGCCCAAGGGCAACGGGGAUUAUUCCGAGUACCCGAUACCGGAGCAGUUCAAGACUGUGCUGAACAAGCCGCCCACCGGUCUCACCACAUCGCCCGUUGAGAACAAGGGCUAA